AUGGCAGCAUACUUGGCAAAGGCUCAAGAAAUGCUACACAACUUCCGAAAAUUCACUAUUCGGCAAAUGCUGAGAGAGAAAAAUUCCAAUGCGGACGCCCUGGAAAAGUUGGCUACAACCAAAGACGCCGAAUUAAUCAAAGUUGUCCCCAUUGACUACUUGGAUUCUCUGAGUAUCGUGGCUCCAGACGAGGUGGAAACAGUACAACCCCAAGAUGGGUGGAUGGAACCAAUAAUUAAAUACCUCAUCUCCCGGGAGUUACCCCAGGACAAGAAUGCAGCCCGGAAGUUGUUUUACCAAGUGCCGAGGUACAUAAUUAUGGAUAAUAAGAUUUAUAGACGAGGUUAUUCUCUACACCUGCUUUGGUGCGUGUCCAAACCAGAAGCCAAUUCAAUACUGUGA